CAUAAAUUCACUCAUCCAGUGCUCUCUGGCUCCCCCAAAUACUGGGGUGGUAGAGGCUUAGUUCUGAUGCUGUGCAGAUUCAAGCAGACCCUGGACACCAGGUAACCCUGGCUUCAGGAGUGGGCAAGGGCUCUGCCCUAUGCCGAGCAGUUCCCUUUCCUCCCUCUGCUCUUCCUUGCUCUCUACUGCCUGCACGGCUGCUGCCAUUCACUACUACUCUCACCUUAAUGAAUUCCUUCCUUACCUACAACUUGUCCGACCUGGUCGAUUUCUUAAUCAGAGUCAAGAAUCCUUCCCUGGCUGGGCUGAGGUUUCACCUAGCGCAAGGGGUGAGACCUACCCAGACAAGAGCUGCCUAAUGACAGUUGGACUCAACUUGGAAACAAAUGGUUAUCUUUCAUAAAUAGGGCGAGUUUAGAGAGAAAAAUUAUGUUUCAUUAACACACCUUUUGGCAUAUUCAAGUCUAGCUCUGAUUAAUUUGUCUUUGAGGGCUUUCUGUUUGCUUGAUAAAUUGUACUAGAUUUUGAAUUCUCCUGGUUUCCUCAAAUACCUGGUUAUGACUCUCCAAAUUAAUGUUUCCAAUUUUCUCUCAUCCUUUUGGUUUAGAACCACAAAGAAUUAAACUUGUGUUUUUCCCUGAAGCUCUGAAGCUAGAGCUAGGGGAUUUGACACAGACUUGAGAGGCAUCUUCAAGACAGCCCAUGUUUAGAUAAUCUCUAUACCUGUUACUGUGUGGGCCAUUCAGAAAGAUCACCAAAGACAUCCAAACUGCAAAGGAGGAAAAUCAAAUUACCACUGCAUGGACUCACCCUGUUUGUGAAGAUGCUUAAAGUUUGACAUCUAAAAAUCUCACUGGCAGCACUCAGGCCUCAGACACUGGAUUUAUGAUUUGCUCCAACCAUCAACCUUGUUUUUCUUUUGCUCCUGUAGAAAUGACUCUGAUUGCUUAGAAAAGAUAGGCCUAACUUUGGGAGCCAGCCUACAAGACUGUGUCCUGAAAUGAGAUACAGCCAACUCACUGAACUGACCUAUUCUCAAGACUGGUUUUGGUUAUUGUUUCUAUGACACCCUAACAGAGAAUCUCAAAGGUUGCCAGUCUUUAGAAAAAUGAAGUCUGGGUACCUGAGUUUAUUUUCAACAGCAGGUUAUAACAACUUCAGCUUUAGCUAAUAAUGCUUCACAGCUUUCAGCCAGUCCCAACUCUGGGAGGUCCAGUCCUCUACUGAUCCUUUGGUCAAUCAGGGAGAUACUUCUGUUCCUCCCGAGUAUGAGGACUUAUGGCCCCAUCUAGCAGGAAGAAGUUACAGAAGACAGACCUUUGGCCUUCAUCACCCCUUAUGAAAAGGAGAAUAAAAUCCCAGAGGGGAAAUGAAGCAGACAGCGAUUGAACAAGAGGGACUGCAUUUUGGAAUGAGCCUCCAUCUUGGGACAUGUACCUAACUUGAAAACAUUAGCACCUGAUCAAGCACAAGUUUUAGGUCACUUGACCUGUGACGAUUUAUUAUUAACAUUGUUUUCUCCUGAAAGCCUCUAUUCUAGGGCAUCAAAAGGAACCUUUUGACUAACAGACUGUGAGAUUAUAAACUGAUGUCUGUCAAACGUCAGAGUAGUGUCUUACCUGAAGACAUAUUGGCAGGAAAACAUUAAGAAAGAUUGAUCAUUACAUACCUCAGAACCCCCUGGACCUUCAGAGACUGCCUUUAUAAACCCCACACCAUUUCCCUUUCCACUGGGCCUGACCUCUCCUUCUUGUCAGCUAUCUGUAGUAAAUUCUGUCUGCUUUCUAUCUUUUGAUUUUGGUGUUUAUUUCUAUCACAUUGAAAUUCAAGAACCUGGUCUUUGGGGGUCUAGUAACACUAGUAUCAAAAUGUGUACCUCCUUACAAAGAUGUAAUAUUACAAAACUGACAUUUCAAAGAGAAUAUGUCCAGACUGGUUAUGAAAAAUAAUCCAUACAUUGUCAAAAAUAACCAAUUAAAAUCUUGUCAUUUUCUUCCAAAAGAAAAAUGGUUUUCCUGAGACUUUUCCAAUGAUGGAACAAAUCAUUUCCAAAUACUCCCAGAGUAUAGAAAAUGAUAGUAAGAUACCCAGUUCAUUUGCUGAAGUAAAUGUGAACCUCUUUAAAAAAAGAAAAGAAAAGAUAUUAGCAAGGAAAUUUCGGAGAUUACUUAUGAACAUAGGUGCAAAAGUCCUCAUAAAUCUCAGAAAAAUCAAAUAGAGAAACAUUUUGAAGAAUUGCCAAAGUAGUUCUGGAAUUACAAAGUUGAUAUAAUCCUGCAAGACACAUUAUAUUAAUAAGAAACAAUAAAAUUGUGUUAUCACUGUAAUGUACACCAAAAAGGCAUUUGAAAAAAUUCAGCUUCUAUUUCUAAUGAAGACUAAUUUCUUUCUAAUAGUAUGUUUCAAAAACUAAGAAGCAACAUAACAAUAUUUGAUGAAGGAGGAAGACUUCUAGACCCCCAGAAUAGCAGCUGUAAGGUGCUUCCAAAAUGAUGAAAUUCUGGUUCCAUGUUUCACAGAUGAACAUAGCCAAGGAAAUGAAAUAACUUACCCAAGGUCACUCACUGAGUUUGAUGGUGGGUCUUUUGACUACUAGUCUAUCUCUGUAUUAUCUAUUAAAUUCCUUAUAAAUAGAAACAAGGGUGCUACCUGUCAUUUCUAGCAUUUAACAUACUACAAAAGAAAGGGUCUUGGAAGUAAUUGGAUCCAAGCCAUUUACCCCUGCUACUGCAUCGCUCGCAAGUAAACUUCCAGUUGGUCAUCUAGCUUGAAUGCAUCCAAUUUUGGGGGAAUCCUUAGGGAUGCUGGCCAUUUUGGAAAGCUCUGUGUGAAAGAUGAUUCUGUGUACUGAACUGAAACCCGCCUUUCUGGACCAUCCUGGAAUUAUCAGGUCAGUAGCUUCAAGGUGGGAUGUGAAGAGGUAUGCACAAGGGCAUCCCUGGAGGCAAGGGAAGAAAAUAUGAAACUUUCUGCUUAUGUUUUAACAUUAAAAAAGAAAUCAGUUCCUUCUGAUAUUUAAAAUAUGGCUUGAUAUGAGAGCUGUAAAUUGGUCUUGUAGUAUAUACCAUCUACAUAGCGUACCUGUCAUUUAACAGGGUGAUAAUAACCAGCAAAACUAAACAAAAACCUGUGGCUGAGGUAUUGACCAAUCAGAAUGAAAGAUGGUCACAAGCAAUCUGGUCCAAAAUCAACCCUGCACACUAGACUUUAAAGGGAAAACUGGGAAUAAUUUGAUGGUGAUUUGCUUUAUUGCAGUUUAUCUGUGUGGUUAAGUGGAUUUAAGGUUUAUCAAAUGAUUCUUGUGAAUAACCACAAAUUGAAGAUAAUAUAAUCAAGCAGUACAAGUGAACAAGUUGGAAAUGAGAGAGCCCUUUCCUUAACCUCCCACUAAUCUGCCUCUUGAAGAUAAAGAUACCAUUUUAAUAAUGAGUGAGAAAGUGACUGCUUUCCUAAAGGAACUAAUUUUAUAGAAAGAGAAUUUUGAAAACUAAUAUUUAGGAGUGUUUUCACCAUUGUAUGAUUGCCAAAAAAUCUGGUAAUCUGUAAUUUUACACAAUAGUAGGAAAUACUCUAACCUAUAAAAAUAUUCCAUCAAGGAUUGUUUCCAUGGAUUUAACUCGUUAAAGAUAUAAAAAUACUAUACCUUCCCAUUAAUAUUUAACCGACAUCAGAGAAGAUUGUUCCUGGCAGAUGAGACUGAAAAAUGGUGAAUCUUCCACUGUAGAUAUCUUUCACCUGGAGCCCCUUAGCUCACUAUUCUAAUGAAUAGAAAUACUUCACCACCACAAAAGGAAGCAAGACACAAAUAAUGGGGGUAGAACAAAAAAAACUUCCUGCAAGAUCAAAUAACAAUACCUAGAAAACAAGUGAAUUGACCAAAAAUUACUAGAUGUUAGUUAAAUAUGAACUUAGCAAAAUUGCUUUCCUAAAUACAUAUCAGAAUAGACUGAGAAGGGCUCUGUGCUGUAUGAUUCCAUGGCUAUAACAUUCUAGAACAGCAGGGAGAACAGUUCUAUGGUUUAGGAGUUGGGGUUGGGAGCAGGGGAUUUACUGCAAAGGGGCAUGAAGAAACUUUUGCGGGACAGCCUUGAUUGUGGUGAUGUUCAUAAUUCACAGAACUGUACCCUAAAGAAAGAUGAAUUUUACUGGAUGUGAAUUGUAUCUCAAGUGAUCUGACUUCUAAAAAUAGAUGGAGAAAAGGUGACUUCAUCCCCCAAAGGGGAAAAUCAUAUGUGUCAGUGUUCAUUUGUGUCAAAGUAAUGAGGUUUAUACAGUGGAACAAUAAAGGAAGAUGGUAUGAAUGGUACUAGCCUCUUCCUGGUUGAAAAGACGAAGUCUGGAUGACACUGGGCCCAGAGAUGUGGGCCGCCGCCGGGUGGAAGCGAAAGUGGAUCCCUGAAGCCCAGUGGGUCGGAAGCCCUCUGGCCAGGGAUCAGCCCUGCCCUCUUCGGGGCUGGGCCUUGGCAGCGCUGGGCCUCAAGGGUCCAAGUCCAAGAGUCUGGAGACUUGGGAGACAUGGCUGCCCCUGGCGACGCUGAGAUCAGGAAGGACGUGCAGACCUACUAUGGACAGGUGCUGAAGAAAACGGCGGACCUCCAGACUAAUGCCUGCAUUACCACAGCCAGGCCGGUCCCCAAGCACAUCCGGGAAGCCCUGCAGAACGUACAUGAGGAAGUAGCCUUGAGGUAUUAUGGCUGUGGUCUGGUCAUCCCUGAGCAUCUGGAAAACUGCUGGAUUUUGGACCUGGGUAGUGGAAGUGGCAGAGAUUGCUAUGCACUUAGUCAGCUGGUUGGUGAGAAGGGACGUGUCACUGGAAUAGACAUGACAGAAGGUCAGGUUGAAGUGGCUAAAAAGCAUAUUGAAUAUCACAUGGAAAAAUAUGGCUUCCAGAUAGCCAAUGUGACUUUUAUUCAUGGCUACAUAGAGAAGCUGGAAGAGGCCGGAAUCCAGAAUGAGAGUUAUGAUAUUGUUAUAUCAAACUGUGUCAUAAACCUGGUUCCUGAUAAACAACAAGUGCUCUGGGAGGUAUAUCGAGUGCUAAAGCUUGGUGGGGAGCUGUAUUUCAGUGACGUCUAUGCUAGCCUUGAAUUGCCAGAAGAAAUCAGGACACACAAAGUUUUAUGGGGUGAGUGCCUGGGUGGUGCUUUGUACUGGAAGGACCUUGCCAUCUUUGCCCAAAAGAUUGGGUUCUGCCCUCCACGUUUGGUCUCUGCCAAUCUCAUUACAGUUCAAAACAAGGAACUAGAAAGAGUGAUGGGUGACUGUCGUUUUGUUUCUGCAACAUUUCGCCUCUUCAAACUCCCUAACACAGAACCAGCCACAAGAAGCCAAGUAAUUUAUAAUGGAGGAAUCACGGGACAUGAAAAAGAACUAGUAUUUGAUGCAAAUUUCACAUUUAAGAAAGGGGAAACUGUUGAAGUGGAUGAAGAAACAGCAGCUAUCUUGAAGCAUUCACGAUUUGCCCAAGACUUUCUGAUCAGACCAGCUGGAGAGAAGUUGCCAGCAUGUACAUCCUUUUCUACUUUACAAUCAAAGGAUGUAAUCACAGAUCCAUUCAAACUUGCAGAAGAGUCUGGCCACGCCAACUCCAGAUGCCCCUCUGAUGUUGCUAGAGGCUGCUGUGGUACAGAGAAAAGCUGCUAACACUGCAGCCAACCAGAAGACAGUGGGCUAAGGAAUGAGCCACAUACGUCUUUUUUUUAAUAUAUACGUGUUUUAACCUGCUCUUUGCCAUAGCACAGACCACAAGAAAUAAUGAAUGGCAAAAAGCCCACCGUAUUGUAGAUCACUGAUGAGAAAAAAAAAAUUAUUUUUAGAAGAUAUUUAUUUAAGGUUCACAGCAAAUCACCGAAGGGCUAGUUAAGCGGAAAAUUUUCUUAAUUAACUCAAAGUUCUGGUGCCACCUAGUGGUCAUAAAUGGAACUGAGAAACAGUCAAGGCCUGGCCAACCGGCAAAGCUUCAGAAAUAAGCCGUUGGCAGAGUCUCAGAAAAAACAUCUUACUUCUGCCCUGCAUAGCACCUGUUGGACUUCUCACCAUCUUUGCUUACUGAACAAAGCUCCUACUGAAACUAUGCUAGUCAUGCCAAAAGAUUGCCAGAUCAAAUUUGGUAGGAGUGCUCUUGAAGUAACUGGUCUUUUAAAUCAAACACUUAAAAAAAUUUUUUGCAAUUCAGUGAAAAAAAAAAAUCAAAAGUUUUUUUGACCUCGGUUCAUCCUCAUGUAUGACAACAUAAUGACUAUUUCUAGUAAAUUCUAACCAAAUCAGGAAAAGAGUUUGAUAAUUUUUAAAAGAACUAGGAGAUAUAAAAAUGGUAGGUUUUCUUUUCCUCUAGUUUCCAUAAUUAAAGGAGAAAAUUGAGGACUAUUUCAAGGAUGAUUACAUCAUUAGAAAUUAAGAACAUUAAAGUUUUGAGGGUGAUUAAAUAAACUGAAGUUCAGUUAUACUUGGAGACUUUGUUGGGGGACGCAGAAAGGUAUAAACCAUACAUGAGCAAUGGUCUUUGUCAUCAGAAGCUUAUAGUUCUGUUUUUUAAUAACAGCCUUUAAGCAAUGAGGAGUUUUAGUAAGACAAUCUCAACCAGUUGCUCUGAGCUCUGCAAAACAAUGAGGAGGGAGCUGGCAUGGCCCAGGAGAUUUUUUGUUAAGGGUAUGAGAAUUUUUAGGCCUUGUAAAACAUUGGAAUGAAUUCUACAGGCCAGACUCCUUUUUUAUAAAGCUGUUAAAAAUGGAGACAUUCUCAGAUUUCUAGGUGGGUCAGCUAUAGACCCUCACUUACUACUACAUAUAUAUUUUAAGAAUCCUAUUUGACCUAGAAUCUAGGAAAAAUAUGUAUUAGGCAAUAUAAAAUUAAAGUAGAUAUGUUUUGUCCAGAAAAAUGCCAUAAACAGUUAUUUAAAUAUUCAAAAUAGGUGAAAUAGACAACUGGGAACAAAGAACCUUUGUAAGAGAGGUUGCCUCUUUCAGAGUGAAGUUCUUUGAAAGAGUGGAUGGCACGUGACUCAGCUUGUUAGUUUAGAUCUAUAUGGCAUGUGAUGUCAGGACCAGCUAAAGGGCAAUGCUUCCUGUGCUGCCAGAGUGCGGUUUAGGAAGCUGCCUGUAGCUCUUCCAACAGCAGGCAAAUUUCCCCCCACUAUUUUACUAUGGCAGUUUUCAAAUACACAGAGAAGUUUAAGGAAUUGCAGCAACUGCCCAUUUACCUACCACCUGGAUUGUACAUUUGUUAACAUCCUGCAUUCACUUCAUACAUUUUAAUAUUAUGCUUACUAAGGGCAGAGCCACAGAAACAGGGCCCUAAUUCUUCCAUAGCUACAAACCUUUUCCAAAAGAUAUUGGACUUAAUGGUUUAAGGAGCAGAUUUUCUUUUAAUUGAUUAUUGUAUCAAUGACAGUAUUUCCAGUCUUUCAUUAUCACAGGGAGAGGAUUUAUUUAAAAAUCAUGGAGCCUACAGUGGCUUUUCAGCUUACCUAGUGGGGAGGCCCAGCAGUAGCCCAAACAGGAUCCCCACCUUUAGGCAUGUAUGCAAAGGUCAUGGCUCUGUGCCAAGACUGCAGCAGAACUUGCCUCUCCUAUUGAUUCCUGACCUUUCAUGGGAUGGCUCCCAGGAAGCAGCGAAGGUAGUAACUGAUUCUACCUUAUCAGGUUGGGGGGCCUAUUAAAUGAGUCUGGCAAGGAAUGUGAAUCUAUCCAACCGUUCUUUCAUUUAUUCACUAAAUAUUAAGUACCUGCUAUGUACCGGGCACUGUCCUAGGCACGGAUCACUAGUAAUGGAAUAUUAUGAACCCCGUGGGCCAACAGGACAAAAACAGCUAAGCAUGGUUUCUAAACUUUGUUGGCACCUGUCCUAACUUCUGUGCUUAGCCAAGUUUCUUCAACCCCAUACAUACCCACCCCUCAAUCUGGGCCUAAACAAGCGUCCUUCUGUAGCUCCUGCCCUAAGAGUUAGUAGAGGGAGACCUCAAUAGAUAAUGAAAACAAACUCUUCUGCAAAUAUAAAGCUGGAUUUACACUGCCCUAAUAAUAAUCUAUGAUUUGACUUUUACUGCUUCAUUCCAGUCUCUCUUCAGCUGCUGAUCCAGCAAUUCCUGUAAGCACAACCCCCACUGAGGUCAGUGGGAGUGUUACGUGAAUCAGGAGCCAAGAAGGCACGUGGAGCUUGGCGGGGAUCCUCGCAGGAGGGGACCAAAGUGUGCUAGAGCUGUUUAUGAUAAUGUGACAUAUAACUGAAAAGCCUAAUGGUGUCAGGUGAGGUGGCCCGGAUAGUUGAUUCUCUCUUCCCAGAGUUAACAAGCUUCCAUCAUACAUCUUUCUUUGUGAAUAUUAAAUGAGCAUCUUCUAGAAAGCAAAGCCUCAAAAUGUCAGGUUGCUAGGGAGGAAAGAUUUGCACAGCAAGUGCAGAAGGAUUUGUAUGGCUUCUAGGCUUAGUAAUUAAUCUUUUAUUAACUGUCCUUAUUUUCUUUUUUCUUACUGACCUUAUUUUCCUUUCAAUUGGAUCUAACUAGAGAAAUGUUGUGAAGGAGCUAUUUUUAUGUUUGCUUUUAACUAAUGUUAACAGGAGCUCAGGAAAUUGAUGCAACCCUUUAAAAAUGGUGAUUUUUUGUGGUAAUGCAGAUGAUUCAUUGUGGCUAUAAGCCGUGCCAAAUAUCCCAAGUUACUUCUUUGCCGUAAAGAACUCCCUUACACUUCCCUCCCAAUACCGAUUUUUCUGACUUUACAGAAGAGAAAACUGAGACUGAGGCUAUUUAAAUGAUUUGCAUGACGGGAGGACGGUCUAAAGUGUUAGAACCAAGACCAGAAGUAGGUCUACUGACGCCUAUACCAUUGUAUUACAGGGUCCUUGUUCUACAUUAGGGAAGUCCCAAAUUUAAAAAUAGAGCAACUGAAGAGGGAAAUGAUUACUAUAAAAGUAAGAAUAGUGGUUACAUCUAGGGUGGAGGAGAGGGAUGUGAACUAGACGGGCUACAUAAGGUUUUUCACAAUGAGGGGGUGCUUCCUUUACCAUUAUAAGUUAUUACAAAAUGAACACAUCUGUGCCUGGAACUGUCCCAGUUUAAGCCUUAAACUAGGUUAAUUAUUAAUAGCACCCUUUUUCACUCUCAAACAGGUUCUGUUUUGGAUGAUAAAUUAUUUGGUCAGCUAUUAUACAUUUAUAUUUUGUGCACUUUUAUGUAUAUUAUAUGUCAAUUAUUUAUAAGUUCAAAAAAAUACAUCAGCAAAUUUGACCGACAGGGUCUAGGCCAACGUGGGAAAUCUUACAUUUGCUCUAAGAUUCCUGAUUACUGCACAGAACACAGUGGCAGUAGCUAGGAUUUGAGUGUAGACUUCCAGAACAGAGGGAGGGUGUGGUGCCCCCUCUUGGUUUUCUGGGGACUCCUCUAGCAUGAGAUAGUUAUCUCUGUUUCUUUGUCCUACAUGUAGCUGGAGAAGUGGUGUAUCCCUUAGACCUAAUUGUGAAGGUCAGUUAAGAGAAUAUAUAAGAAAGGGCUUUGUAAACCAUGAAGGUUUUUUUUCUACUCUGAGUGGCAGGAGUGUCCUAGAUUGGCAGGGCCCCAGCAUCAUGGCAUUGGCACCUGUCAGUCAAUAUUCCUAUAAUACAGCUCUUCUUUUAGAACUUUUUCUAGCUCCUGAGUGCCUAGAGAAUGAGAUCUGAACUCCUAAGCUUAGCAUUCAACCCACCACAAAUCAGCCCCUAGCAGCUUUACAACUUUAUCCUUUAUGUUCCUCUUCUUGAGCUCUAGAAUCAAAUUCAAUCACACGGUGUUCCAAAAAUGCUGCUCUCUUUCCAACCUCACCUCUCACUCUUCUCUUCAUUAGAAUGCUCUUUCUCUUUCUUCUCUCUCAAUUUCUUUGUCACAGACUGAAUAUAUGUCCCCCCCACCCCUGAUUCAUAUGUUGAAGCCCUAACCCCCCAGUAUUUGGAGAUGGGGCCUCUAAGGAAGUAAUUAAGGUUAAAUAAGGUCCUAAGGAUGGGGCCCUAAUCCUGUAGGAUUAGUGUCCUUAUAGGAACAGAUAGCAGAGAGCUCACACUCUGUCUCCACUCAAACUCAGAGGAAAAGCCAUGUAAGGACAAAGGGGUUGUCUGCAAGCCAGGAGAACUCUCCUAGAAGCCAACUCUGCAGGACCUUGAUCUGGGAAGUCUAGUCUUCAGGACUGUGGGAAAAUGCAUUUCUGUUGUUUAAGCCUCCCAGUACAUGGUAUUUUGUUACGGUGGACAGCAGAUUUAUACACACUUCUUGGAUAGCUCUUACAUCUGCAUGUCUAAAAUUUAUCUGUUCUUCAAGGUCCAACUCAAAGACCAUGAAGCUUUCCUCAUGCCUUCCACUUUAUUUGUGCUUCUUUUUAAGCCUUUUGAUGUUCUAUCUUGCAUUAUGGUCAUUACUUAGUACAUGUUUCCUAACCUCCUUGCUAGUAAGAUUUUGGGGUAAUAUCUGAUUUAAUAUUAAAGCUCCACAAGGCCUAGUACAGUGCCCGGACUUAUUAGAUACACAGUAUAUAUUAGUUGAACGAGUGAAUGAAUGAAUGAAUGAAUGAAUAAAGGAAAAACAGAGAAAAGGGGGAAGAAAUAAGACACAAAAUUUUACUUAAACCUUAAGGAGGAAGCAGAGGUUUGAGAUGUGGUAUUAAUAAAUGGGGAGAAAAAAGUCUUCAGUUUUGUAAUGUUUAAAAUAAAACAAAUACAUAUCUCAGAGGAACUAAAAAUAGGGGCAGAUUUUUUUCCCCCUGCUGAGGUCUGAUGUGUUGUCUGUUUGUACAAGGGGGCCUGGCUUAUUAGAGUAGAAUCAUUGCUCCACCUUCAGAGGAUGUGAAAAAGAGGCCGUGGCAGCAAACUCAGCCGACAUCGAGGCAGAGCAGGGCCUGAGACAAGUGUCAUGACAGACUUUUCUCACCUGUGAUGGAAACUGCUGAGAUGUAAACAGUACAACUUAGAGAGAUCCCUAGAAGCAAGUUGCCCUUGACCUCCUUUCAUAUGGACGGAUAGACUGGGUGGCCCCUGGAAGUCAUGAGAAGCCUGCACCAGCAGCCCUCACUGAAGGGAGGAUAACCCCUUGAACUAAAAAGCCUGCAAACUUGAAAGAUCCUUCUUGCUAAGGAAAAAUUACUUGGCUUGGGUAUCUAGAUUGCUCUGUGUCUUGAGCAUACAUGAAGAAUAUGACCCCAACCCCCACCCCCAUACCACCCAGAUUAAACAUCACUCAGCAAUCCCCUGUGUGAAUUUGAACUUGGUUUAUUUUACAUUGUAAAUUGUCAUGUUGGAUCCUUUUCUGACAUUUUUGCUAUGAAAUCCUGAAUUUCUAACUUGUUUCUGAAUUGCUAAAUGCCACAGUUUCCUGUUCUUGCUUUCUCUGAAAUGCACAGGAAUGUCUGUAGGUUUGGCCAGCUCUCCCCCACCUCCUUCUCCACACUCUUAGUACAGAAGUGUAUAUUCAGUAUUUGAGAGUCUUUAAUCAUCUUCCCUCUUAGCUCCUUCAAACACCCUUGUACUCACACUUUUUAUGAAGUUAAAACAGUCUCAUUUUCAACCAGCUGACUUAGAAAGACCAUAGUCAUCUUUAACCUUUGUCAGAUAUCCCUACACAUCUCAACUUCUUUUUCUUCUAAACUUUUAAAAUGCUGUUUUUAAAAAUGCAUGCCAAGUCUGUGAAUCAGGUUUUUUUUCAUCUGAACCUAUAUUUCAAAUAGAGAAGUAAGAGAAUUGGGAGUGGGAAAUGCAGCACCAGAAACCGAAGGGCUGCAAACUAGAGUUAGGGACAUUUCUUGAAAUAAUCAGAAUAAAAAUUCUUUCAUUUCCUUAA